AUGAGUUUUGCGAGAAGGCAGGGCAUGCUAUUCACGGAAGCUAGCGCCAAGACCGGUGAAGGUGUCGACUUGAUGUUUAUAGAACUCGCUGAGAAAAUAUACCUGCACCCGGAAUUUUGGGAUGAUAACCGUUUUUUACAUAAUCGAAUCAGAAUCACACAGUCGCCACCGUCUUCUGGCUGUUCUUGCUCGCCAUUCAGCUCUUAA